AGGAUGUUCUUUUGAAUGGAAUGGUGAAGGUGAGAAAAUGAAGACUUUCUGUCUCUUUGAAGAUACAAGCUAGCUGAAAUUACCUAAAGAAAUCAGUGUGAAAUUGGGUUUUUUAUCUUGAAAAGGACGUUUUUUCUGUUUUAAGUUACUUCUAGCACUGGAAACAAACAUAUAGAAGGAAAAAUGGAUCCCUUCUUUUGGCCAUUAGAAACUAACAGCUUUCGACGUUUCACCCCUGAGUCCUUGGCAGCAAUUGAGGAAAGAAUUGCUGAGAAAAAAAAGCAGCAAGCCAAAGUGAACCAGGAGAGUAAGGACCAAGGAGCUGAAGAAGAUAAACUUACUCCGCAGCUUGAUCUGAAAGCCUGCAAAAAAUUGCCAUCUCUGUAUGGGGAUGUUCCUGUGGAGCUCAUUGGGGAACCCCUGGAAGAUUUUGAUCCAUACUACAGUGAUCAUAAGACUUUCAUGGUGAUAAAUAAAAGGAGGACUAUUUUCCGGUUUACUGCCACGCCUGCCUUAUGUAUAAUUGGUCCUUUUAAUCCAGUAAGAAGAACAGCAAUUAAAAUUCUGACCCAUUCAUUAUUUGUUGGCUUUAUUACAUGUACUGUGGUACUUAAUUGUGCUUCCAUGGCUGUAAAUAGGCUUCCAAGCACACUUGACUGGACUGAAUAUCUUUUUGCUAGCAUAUAUACUGGUGAAAUAUUGAUAAAAGUAGUCGCAAGAGGAUUUUUUUGGGAUGAAUUUACCUUUCUUCGAGAUCCAUGGAACUGCUUGGAUCUUGUCGUUAUUGUCAUAACGUAUGCUUCUUUGUGCAGGGGUAUGGGCAAGGUUUCAGCUCUUCGAACUUUCAGAGUCCUGAGGACUUUGAAAGCUAUUUCAGUAAUACCAGGUCUGAAAGUCAUCGUAAAUUCACUUAUUGAAUCUGUUAAGAAACUCACUGAUGUGUUGAUCUUGACUGUUUUUUGCUUGAGUGUAUUUGCUCUAAUAGGCCUCCAGCUUUUUAUGGGCAAUUUGACAUCCAAAUGUGUCCUCAAUAAUACUGACUACAAUGACACAUUAUGUAAGGAUGCCAAGAUAUAUGUACCAAAUGAUAGAGGUAAAUUUUAUUCUUAUAUCUGCUACAGGGUGAAUAAUUCUUCUGAAAUAUUGCUCUGUGGGUUCAGUUCACAUCCUGACAAAGAGUGCCCAGAAAACUAUACCUGCAGGAAGGUUGGGAAGAAUCCUGACUUUGGUUAUACAAGUUUUGAUCAUUUUGGCUGGGCCUUCCUUUCUUUAUUCCGUCUGAUGACACAGGAUUACUGGGAGCGUCUCUACAGACAAACUAUCCGUACAUCUGGAAAGAACUACAUUUUAUUUUUUCUGGGCGUCAUCUUUUUAUGCUCAUUUUAUCUCUUCAAUCUGAUCUUGGCUGUAGUAACUAUGGCAUAUGAAGAGCAAAAUAGAGCUACUCUUGCUGAAACAGAGGCAAAGGAAAAAUUACUUCAGGAUGCCCAACAAAUUCUAGAGAAAGAAAAGAUGUUGGCUGCUGGAGAGGGCAGUAAGGCCUUAGGUGUCAGAUCUGAAACGUUAGUUACUGACUUGGAAAAUUCAAAAGAAAGAGAGAUGAAGAAAGAAAACCCUAUUUCAACAGAAAGUUUAAUUUUAGGUGAUCAUGGCAAAGAAGAACAUAUAUUUCAUUCACAGCCUGGUCACUGCCACAAGAAGCUUAGGCAGAUACUGCUGUCCUAUGAAUUGUCAGUGGACUCUAUUAAUGAUCCUUUUCGAAGACAGAGGUUAAUGAGUGCAGCCACUGUUAUUACAGAUAAUUUGCAACUGCAAGAGUCAAAACUGAAAUGUCCUUCAUUUUGGAAACGUUUUGCUCACAAGUAUCUAAUUUGGAAUUGUUGUCCAUUCUGGAGAGUAGUCAAAGAGAAGGUGAAAUUAGUAAUUUUGGAUCCAUUUGUUGAUCUCUUAGUCAUGGUUUGCAUUGUCGUGAAUACCUUAUUCAUGGCUCUGGAGUACCCUAAAAUGCCAGACAAUUACUGUAAAAUGAUUUUUAUAAGUGACAAGGUCUUCACCCUGAUUUUUACAGCGGAAAUGAUCUUGAAAAUCAUCGCUCUAGAUCCUUACUACUAUUUUCAGCAGAAAUGGAAUAUUUUUGAUAGCAUAGUUGUUAUGAUUGGCCUAAUAAGCUUUAAAGAAAAUCUGUCGUCUUUCAGGCUGCUCAGGAUCUUCAAAUUGGCAAAGUCCUGGCCAGCCUUAAAUACUCUUAUGAAAAUAAUUCUAAACUCAGUUGGUGCUCUGGGUAACCUCACUCUGGUUUUGAUUAUCACUGUAUUUAUUUUUGCUGUAGUAGGAAAGCAGGUUUUGGGCAAUUAUUAUGAGGAUAAUUUCUGUAAAAUAAACACAGAUAAGAAUUUACGCUGGCAUAUGAAGGACUUUUGUCAUUCAUUCCUGAUUAUAUUCCGAAUAUUAUGUGGAGAAUGGAUUGAAACUAUGUGGGAAUGUAUGGAAGUGGCUGGAAAAGGACUAUGUCUUCCCAUUUUCUUGCUAGUGCUGGUGAUAGGAAACCUGGUGGUGCUCAACCUAUUCAUUGCCUUGCUGCUGAGUUCAUUCAGUACUGACUCCUCAAUGGGACAAGAGGACACUGAAGAAAUGACAAAAUGUCAGAUUGCCAUUGCACGGAUUCACAAGGGCCUGCAGUCUGUGAAAAACAGAGUUUGGGAUCAUUGUGGCAAAAUAAUGAAACGAAACCACAAAAAAACAGCCAAAAGGAAGUCUAUGGUGAAAAUUUCUACCAAGGACGUUGAGGAAAAUAACUAUGCCAUGACAGAUGUCAGAAAGGAUAUAGACAACAAUUGCUUUGACAGUGGGUAUCAGAACACUGAAGAGAGCUCCUCAAUAACAAGGAAAUGUGAAGAAUUUUUAACCAGUCAUGUUCCCAUUGCAGUAGCAGACAUUAACACCAACGAAGGGGAUGAUGAGCACAGUGUAUGCACAGAAACAGAAUACAGAAAACAGAAAUGUGAUGUCGGUAGCUAUUCUGAAGCCAGCACUGUGGAUCCAGUUGUUCUUCUGGAGAUUUUUCCCAAGCCUGAAAAGUCACACCUACCUAAGGACUGUUGUGCAGAAAGUUGUGUUGAAUGUUUCCCAUGUUGUGCAGUGGAUACCACAAAGUUUCCAGGCAGCACUUGGUGGAAAUUUAGAAAAACCUGCUACAGAAUUGUUAAACAUAGCUGGUUUGAAAAUUUUAUCAUUUUUGUGAUAAUAUUGAGCAGCGCAGCACUGGCAUUUGAAGAUAUUCACCUGCAUGAGAGAAAAAAUGUGAAAAAGCUCCUAGAGUAUGCCGAUGUAAUAUUUACCUACAUCUUUUUUAUGGAGAUGCUUCUGAAAUGGGUAGCUUAUGGUUUGCACAGUUAUUUCACAAAUGCCUGGUGCUGGCUUGACUUCAUCAUUGUAUGUGUAAGUAUUCUAUUCAACUCAUCGCUUUGUUCCUCUGGGAGUGCCCUGAAAUCUCUCAGGACUCUUAGAGCACUGAGGCCUCUACGAGCUUUGUCACGAUUUGAAGGGAUAAAGGUGGUUGUGAAUGCACUCUUGGGAGCUAUCCCCUCAAUCUUGAACGUUUUGCUCGUCUGUAUUGUCUUCUGGCUCCUAUUUAACAUUGUAGGAGUAAAAUUACUUGGAAAAAAAUUUUGGCAAUGCAAACUCAAGGAAGGAAAUAUCAGUCUAAUUAAUAACGAAACUGAUUGUACUUUCUAUAAUGGAGUGUGGACAAAUAGUGAUGUAAACUUUGAUAAUGUGGCGAUGGGAUACUUGGCUCUUCUCCAAGUGGCAACUUUUAAAGGUUGGAUGGAUAUUAUGUAUGCAGCAGUGGAUUCACGAGAGAUAGGUGAACAGCCACAGUUUGAAGCAUUCUUAGCCAUGUAUACGUAUUUUGUGAUUUUCAUUAUUUUUGGAUCUUUCUUCAUGCUGAACCUUUUCAUUGGAGUGGUUAUCAGCAAUUUUAACCAACAAAGAAAAAAGAUAAGUGGAAAAGAUCUAUUUUUGACUGAGGAACAGAAAAAGUACUAUAAUGCUCUAAAAAAACUUGGAUCUAAGAAACCUCAAAAACCCAUCCCAAGACCAAUGAAUGUGUUCCAAGGAUUACUGUUUGAUAUAGUAUCACACAAAGCAUUUGACAUUACUGUUGUGACUUUCAUCUGUCUAAAUAUGGUCAUUAUGAUGGCAGAAAAUAACCAGGAGAACAUCAAGAAUGUUCUUAAUAAAAUCAACUAUUUUUUCGUGGCGGUAUUUACUGCGGAAUGUGUCAUAAAAAUACUAGCACUAAGACAUUACUUCUUCAUCAGCGGCUGGAACAUAUUUGAUUUAGCUGUUGUGGUCAUUUCCCUAGUUAGUGUUGGACUUUCCGAAGGCUUUCAAAGGUUUAUUUCUCCUACACUUUUGAGAAUUUUUCGUUUGGCACGAAUUGGCCGAAUCCUGAGAUUAAUUCGAAAAGCUAGAGGAAUUCGAACUCUUCUUUUUGCGUUACUGAUGUCUCUCCCGGCACUGUUCAACAUCGGUCUUUUGCUUUUUCUGGUUAUGUUCAUCUAUGCCAUUGUGGGCAUGACAAACUUUGCCUGUCUUGGCUGGGAAGGAGGGAUUGAUAACCUUUUCAACUUUCAAACCUUUGAUGGUAGCAUGCUCUGUCUUUUCCAAAUUACAACGUCAGCUGGUUGGGAUAGUCUUUUGGUCCCUCUGUUAAAAGGACCUGGUUCAUGUGCUCCCAACUUAAAUUUAACACGUGAACAGAAAAAAAAUUGCACAAAUAAGGGGGUUGGUAUUUUAUUUUUUGUAAGCUAUGUCAUUAUAUCAUUUCUCAUUGUCGUAAAUAUGUACAUAGCUGUCAUUUUAGAGAACUUCAGUGUUGCCACUGAAGAAAGCACAGAUCCUCUUUGUGAGGAUGACUUUGACAUGUUUUAUGAGACCUGGGGAAAAUUCGAUCCUCAGGCAACACAGUUUAUUGAAUAUUCUGCUCUUUCAGACUUUGCAGAUGCUCUGGCAGAACCCUUACGCAUUCCGAAGCCAAAUAAGAUUCAGCUCAUAUCCAUGGACCUCCCUAUAGUUAGUGGAGAUAAGAUCCACUGCUUGGAUAUCUUGCUUGCUUUCACUAAAAGGGUCUUGGGAGAAUAUGGAAACUUGGAUGGUCUUGAAUUACAUAUAGAAGAAAAAUUUAUAGCUACCAAUCCAUCUAAAGUUUCUUACAAGCCAAUUACUACUACCCUUAAAAGAAAACAAGAGGAGGUAUCAGCUCUUACUAUUCAAAGGGCCUUCAGGAGGUAUUUGAUGCAGCGUUCUUUUAAAAAUAAAUCUUUCUUAUACCGUCAUAAACAUUAUAACAGUGCUGUCUUUGAAGAAACACAUGAGAACGAAAGUCUUAUGGAAUCAAUGCUUAAAGAAAAUAGUGGUAGGAAGCUAGAUAAAUCACGGACUACAUCUUCCAUAUCUCUCCCUUUAUUUUAUGAUGGUAUUGCUGAAACAGAUAGCGAUAAUGUGGACACAUAA